CUGGCCGCGCCGGCGCCCCCGCCGGGCCCCGCCCAGCCGAUGGACGCGCAGCGGGCCCGCCUCGAGACGGCGUUCAGCGGCACCACCAUCGUGCUCUUCGUCGCCACCGUCUCCUACGUCCUCUUCAGCGCGGCCUACGCCUGCAUCCGCGCCGUUCGCUACAGCGGUCACCUUGAACCCUAUGGCUAUGGCGACCGCUCGCCGGGAGCCGCGCUGCCGCGGGAGGACACCAAGCGCGCUCUCGAGGCGAUCCCCGUGCGCGUGGUCGUCCUGCAGCAGCAGCCGCCGCACGAUGCCAUCGGAGGAAAGGAGGAGAAGGACGCCGACGCAGGCGACUGCGCGGUGUGCCUGGCGGAGUACGCUGCCGGGGACGAGGUGCGCGUGCUCCCGGCGUGCCGCCAUGGGUUCCACCGGGAGUGCAUCGACCGCUGGCUGCUCACGCGCUCGCCCACCUGCCCUAUCUGCCGCGCCCCGGUCGGCGCUCACGUCGAGGGCGCCGACUCCAAGGAGGGCUACGCGGCCGGACACGGCGGUGGCAUGGGUUUUGCCGCCGGGUCCCAUUAGCUUCCGGAGCCGGUGUGACAGAUCGGCCGUGAGUGUGGAUCGGCUCAUCGGCAGAUGCCGGUCACGUACGGUUCACAAUAGCUAAAGUUUAGCCAAAUUUUGAUGUCUCAAACAGGUCGUUGUUUUCAGUUAUCACCCAGUUAAUAAGGAUAGCGCGUUUGCUAUUUGGAAGUUGCUUGAAAUUCAGUGGUGUGUAAGUUGAUUUUCCAGAGAAGAAGAUGAGGGCAAUGGCACACCGGGAGCUCCGUGGCAGAGACGGGGAGUCUUGUCAGGACCUCACCUCAGAUGUAGACGACGCAACUCUCCAUGACAUCGCCCGGUGAGGACGAGGGUUCUAGAGCAAAAGGGGAUUGAACUUUGUGUUCAGAAAGAUACUCCAUCUACCUUGGUUGAAUAAAUGUUUAAAAAUUGAGCCCUAUAAUAAACCCCAAAAAAAGGGAGUACAAA